GCUGGAAAUUGGAUCUCCCUCCGCAUUUCACGGGCGCGGACGCCUCCCGGCGCGUGACACGUGACUCGUUGUGCCGCGCAUACCUCUGUAUCCGUGGUCGUCGUCCUGCUCCACUAUAGCGCCCAUGCCUCCACUUCCAUACUUCUCAUUGUACCCACACGCCAGCACGCGAUGUCCCGUCAUCUGCAACAAGGUAUGGCAUCCUGCUUCGCGUUCGGAUGAUACCCGCUCAUGUUCCUCGCUUUGCCUUCCUCUGCACUGGCUAGUAAGAAUACUGGACCGGAAGGAAAGGAUACGCCGACCCGCAUCGGAUUCCACUGCGUUGCGUGGCCUGUUACGCGUGCCAGGUGUACUGGUCGUGAUGGGCGACCGAAUACGGUGGGGUCCCCGGCGCGCGCUGCUCCUGUACCCACGCACGAUCCCACCGCACGCCGUGGACUCGGCCUUGGUGCGCCGCGGUGGGCCGGACGCGGGAGGUGUGGGUCGGGGCUGCUGGAAGCCUGGAACCUGGAAUGAUCCCAUCCGCCUCGGAUCCCUGGGCAGCUGGACCCGCAUCGGGUGGAAGAAUACUACUCUGCUUUGGUCUUGUGUGGAAGAAUACUGCGGCGCGGCGCCUGCUCCAACGCGGUUGCAACUCCUCCGCCUGCGUCUUCGUCGUCAUGGGUGCCUCACAGCCGCGGCCAGUUCGACUUCCCCCAAAUCCGUUUGCCACCGUACGUGCCGUCGGUGUGCUUUGCCCUCAUCUCGUGAGAUGCGAGACGGGUGCGGACAGCGCUCUCGCCAUACCUGUCGUACCGCCAGUUCGCCCAUGCUAGCCGCGUAGACCGACACACAACAGCUGCAGGAGAAGACGCUGUGUGGUGCGUUCCUCCACAUCGUCUCCAUGCCUAUGCACUGUCGAAGUAU